AUGGCGGAUUCGCCGGCGACGAGACGGAGAGCCAGAAAUAUCGGUGAGCUCGUCGUAUCGUACGCGCACUCGAACCCGAAGAUAAUCAACCCGAAGAAGAAGUCUAAGUAUGGUCAAACGUUAUCUCCGUAUGACAGUGAUGAAGAUGAAGAGCUAGAUGAUGAGAGUGACGAUGAUGAUGAUUGGUUACUCAACGAUGACUUCGCAGAGGUCACAGAGUAUGAAAAGAAGAAACCCAAGUCGCAGAAGCAAACCAUUGCUAAGAAAGGUGUGAAGAAGGAGAUCGUGAAAACUUGGGAGAAACCUGUAGAAAGCGAGACUGAUGAAGACGAGUUAGAUCUUGACAUUACUCGAAAUGCCUCUGAGAAGAAGAAGAAGAUGGAGAAGGACUCUUGGCGUUUAGAUGGCCGAGGAAAGGUGAGCUCGAGGAAACAUGUCGAGAAACUAUACCCACGGCUCUCAGAAGAGAUCGAUAUAGAUCCGAAAUGGGUACCGCUUCUGGACUACUUGGGCACGUUCGGUCUGAAAGAAUCACACUUUCUUCAAAUGUAUGAGAGGCACAUGCCUUCCCUUCAGAUCAAUGUCUUAUCAGCGCAAGAGAGACUCGACUACUUGUUGAGUGUCGGUGUUAAACACAGAGAUAUCAAGAGGAUGCUGUUGAGACAGCCGCAGAUACUUCAAUACACGGUUGAGAACAAUCUCAAAGCUCACAUUUCCUUUCUGAUGGGUCUUGGGAUUCCCAAUUCCAAAAUAGGACAGAUAGUUGCUGUAACUCCGUCUCUGUUCUCUUACAGCGUCGAGAAUUCCCUGAGACCCACGAUAAGGUAUUUGAUCGAAGAGGUUGGGAUUAACGAAAACGAUGUUGGCAAAGUUGUGCAGCUUAGCCCUCAGAUUCUGAUUCAGCGGCUCGAUAUAACGUGGAACACUCGUUACAUGUUCCUCUCCAAGGAGUUAGGAGCGCCUAGGGACAGUGUAGUGAAGAUGGUGAAGAAACAUCCGCAGCUUCUUCACUACAGUAUCGAUGACGGAUUCAUCCCUCGGAUCAAUUUCCUUAGAAGCAUUGGGAUGUGCAAUUCUGAUAUACUGAAAGUCUUAACCAGCCUUACACAGGUUUUGUCUCUCUCACUGGAAGAUAAUCUGAAGCCUAAGUACAUGUAUUUGGUCAAUGAGCUCAAGAAUGAAGUGCACAUUUUGACCAAAUACCCAAUGUACUUGAGCUUGUCCUUGGAUCAAAGGAUACGUCCACGUCACCGCUUCCUGGUUGAGUUAAAGAAAGUGCGGAAAGGGCCAUUCCCUCUUAGCUCAUUGGUUCCAAACGAUGAAAGCUUCUGUCAGCAAUGGGCUGGGACUAGUGUAGAUAAAGACUAUUACUCAAGGAGUUUGCAAACAAGUAUGAGAAGAGAGGAUGAUGAUGCCAGGAGGGAAGUCUCUUGUGUUCCUGAUUACAGUCAACAGUUUAGUUUCUUUAUUGCUCCAAGACCGGAAAAUAAACUUCAGAGAAACCGGUGUGGCAACAUACAUCAUUCAUCUUUUGUUAACCAGAUGAGAGCUUCCGCAAUCUUUUCUGGGGAGGUUGAAGGAAAGAUUCAAGUGAGUUCCAUUGUGUUAUCUCGACGUCUCGAGGCCAUUUAG